AUGUUCAUGGUCAGGGAUCCUAAUAUGAGUUUCGAUUCUGUAUCAAACUAUCUCCUCCAUCUUGCCUUCAACGAUAAUGAGUAUGGAGAUUCGAGAAGGUUGUGGUGUAGGUUUAAAAUUACAAUGCUUAAAAUUUACUCUGAAAUUGUUACUGGCGUUGAUAGCCCGGAGUCAAGUUCUUUAGGCGCAACCAAGUUCCACAUGCUUAGAGAUCGUUGCCAAAUUCUGUUACAGGUACAUGAUGAAUUAGUGCUGGAAGUGGAUCCCUCAGUGGUGGAAAAUACUGCAAUAUUGUUGCACACUAGCAUGGAGAAUGCAGUAUCACUUCUUGAAUUCUUGAAGCUGUUUUCAUGGAGGAAGCUCUCUCGGUGA